GUGGGCGAGCUGCGCUCCAUCGCCUGCGACGCCCUCCUGCAGGAGAGCUUCUACCAGAACAAGAAGCGCCCACCCCUCUACCAAGACCAGGAGCACACGCCCGGCCCGUUCCUAACGCAGCUCGUUUCCACCCUGGCUGCUCGGCUGUCCUGUCGCAACCCGCUGCUGGCAGCCUCCCCCCCUGGGGCGGAGCGGGAUCUAAAACCUGAAGUUAACUACUACUGGCAUCACGGCGAGGAAGUUGUUGUUCACGGGCAUCGCAAGGGUAGAGUUGAUCCUGUGCGAUUUCAGAUAGAUGAUAAGCCACACCUCCAGAUCCGUGUACCAAAGCAGCUUCCAGAGAUUGUACCACUGGAGGCAGAUCUUGGAGAUGUGCCUGUUAUUGAUCACAAACCAUCCAAACUGCCGUUGUUCAAAAAGCAGUAUGAAAACAAGGUAUUUAUAGGAUCAAAGGUAGCGGAUCCGUGCUGUUAUGGACACACCCAGUUUCAUCUUAUUCCUAAUAAACUAAAACGAGAGAGAUUUGUAAAAGCGCAUCUUGAGGAUCAGAUUGAAGUUCUUUAUCGAGCUAAUGGCAUUGCAAGUCUCUUCGCCUGGACAGCAGCACAAGCAAUGUAUCAAGGAUUCUGGAAUGAAGCAGAUGUGACCCGUCCUUUUGUAUCGCAGGCAGUUGUGACUGAUGGAAAAUACUUUGCUUUCUUUUGUUACCAGCUAAAUACUUUAGCACUAACUGUAGAAACUAUUAAAAAUAACCCUCGGAAGAAUAUCUGUUGGGGUACAGACAGUAAGCCAUUGUAUGAUGUUGUGGAAGAUGGUAGUGUGAAAGGCUUUAAUGAUGAAGUUCUGCUUCAGUUGGUUCGUUUUCUGUUAAACAGACCAAAAGAGAUCUAAGUUGUCAAGCCUGCCUGAGCUUCAUUGUAACUCCAUGAAGCAUGGGCUACAAUAUGCCAUGUUUUAGUCAAGUCUAGUGAACACUAUAUACAUCUGUAAUGAUACUUGGGCCUUAUUUCUU